AUGGACGAGAAGCAAGUCGAUACCACUAAGUCCGAAGUGCCAUCUCAGCACACGGAGGUGGUCGCGCAGCAUUCUACAGCAGACAUUCAGACCGCUCCUCGAACUGGAAGUAUUCCUUCCAUGGCUCAGCCAAAGGCAAAGAGCGAACACCUUGAGUCCGCAACAGGCUGGGAGUCCGACAACCUGAUCCAUGACUUGGAGAAGGAGUUGGAGCAAGCUGGCGAUAAGAAGGGAAUGUUCGAUCUCGAGUUCAAAAACCCCAAGCAUUUCACAUGGCUCCUUGUUGCCUUCGCAUCGAUGGGUGGCCUUCUUUCUGGUCUCGACCAGUCUCUUAUCUCUGGAGCCAACUUGACACUCCCAAAGUCUCUCCAUCUCGACGACCGACAGAACUCUCUGGUCAACGCAGGCAUGCCAUUGGGCGCUGUCGGCGGUGCACUUCUCAUCUCGCCUUGCAACGAAUACUUUGGACGCCGUUGGGCCAUCAUCAUCUCUUGCAUCCUGUACACUAUCGGCGGCGCGCUUGAGGCCGGUAGCAUCAACUUCGGUAUGAUCGUUGCCGCUCGUGUCAUCCUUGGUGCUGGUGUUGGUCUUGAGGGCGGCACUGUUCCCGUCUAUGUCGCUGAGACUGUCGAGCGCAAGCUUCGUGGAAAUAUGGUUUCCCUGUACCAAUUCUGCAUUGCCCUCGGAGAGGUGCUUGGUUAUGCCGUCGCAGCUAUGUUCAUCAGUGUUCCCGGAAACUGGAGAUAUAUUCUCGGCAGCUCGCUGCUCUUCUCGACUAUCAUGGGUGUCGGCAUCUUGUUCAUGCCGGAGAGCCCGCGUUUCCUCAUGCACAAGGGCAAAACACUUGAAGCUUACAAAGUCUGGAAGCGCAUUCGCGGUAUCUCCACACCCGAGUCUCGCGAAGAGUUCUUCGUCAUGAAGGUCAGCACCGAAGAGGAGCAGGCGGAGGUUGCGGCCGGCCGCACUGGCAACUACCCUUGGAUGGAUUUCUUUACCAAGCCCCGUGCUCGUCGUGCGAUCAUCUACGCCAACAUCAUGAUCUUCUUGGGUCAGUUCACUGGUAUCAACGCUAUCAUGUACUACAUGUCCGUUCUCAUGUCUCAAGUUGGUUUCGAUACCUACGAUGCUACUUACAUGUCUCUUGUUGGUGGUGGCGCUCUUCUCAUCGGUACCAUCCCUGCCAUCUUCCUCAUGGAAACUUGCGGUCGUCGUUUCUGGGCCAUCGCCAUGUUGCCCGGUUUCUUCAUUGGUCUUGUUCUCGUCGGUGUAAGCUACCACAUCGACUCUCUUAGCGGUACCCUCGGUGUCUACUUGACUGGUCUCGUCAUCUACGAGAUGUUCUUCGGUUCCUACGCAUGCUUGACCUGGGUCAUCCCAUCAGAGGUGUACCCCACCUAUCUUCGCUCUUACGGUAUGACAACUUCUGCUGGUUGGUUGUUCUUGUCUUCGUUCAUUGUUACAUACAACUUCACUGCCAUGCAGAACGCGUUCACAAAGACCGGUCUCGCUCUCGGCUUCUAUGGUGGUAUCGCCGUCCUUGGCUGGUUUUACCAGAUCUUUUUCAUGCCGGAGACUAAGGACAAGACGUUGGAGGAGAUUGACCAGCUUUUCCAGAUGCCCACAAGGCAAUUGGUAAAGAUGAAUGCGAAGAGCGCGUGGGAAGUCACCAACGAUCUUCUGCACUUCCGCUUCAAGAAGGUCUUCAUUGACAACAACCGCCGCUCGGAAGAGUAA